AUGUCAAACAAUAAAAGAAGCCAACUUAGAAAUUGUGUUCUGUUACGAAAACUGGAGCAACCCACAACUUUAUCUGUAUUGGCUUUAUUGAUGAUGUCACUGGGAUGCGCAAGUCAAUCGAUCAUUAAUAUUGCUGUUCCGAGGGAUUUGACGUUGGAUGAGCAUGAGUACUACAAGGGACGUAAACUAAUGGCAGAUAUCUGUUUCGAUGAGGUUCUGAAGAGACUGUACAUUCCACAUACCGAAAUAAGUUCAACUGCCGUUCAAUGUCUCUUCUACACAGCGGUAUACUUUGCGUUUUCUCAGAGACCACUUCAAGCAUGGGAAUACAUUAAUGUAACCGCUGCAAAAUGUCGACUGCUUUUAUCUUACCACUCACCCGGCGAAUCGGCCGAAGAUGUCGAAUGCUUAAGGCGCAUCUUCUGUGACUACCUUGCGGAGUUAUCUGGUCUUCCCGAGUCGGGACUUGCAUCAAUUGAAUCAACUAUACCUCUUCCAGGUAGUUACGAUACACGCGACUCACAAGUAGACGAAGAACACUCAUCAGUUUAUUCCCUAGCAUGCAUUUCAAUGCGUCGACUUCUAAAUCGCGUUCACAACCUUCUCUAUGCUAAGGAAUCCGGAGCAAGUCUUGACGACGCACGAUUCCCUUUCAUUGUAGAAGAAUUGGACCAUCAACUCGAAGAAUGGCGAGAUUUUCUAACCCCAGCUUUACAAUUCGUCGUUGAUACACAACCUGCUCAAGGUCAACACGCUGGAUUUCUGAGACAGAGAUAUUUGACAUGUAGAAGUGUUAUUUAUCGACCUUACUUAACUUGGGUUUUCACAAAUCAUUCUCAAGACAUAAGCGUCGCACAAAACGUACUGGAAAAGUGUCGAAAUUGUUUAGAUGCCUGUUCACUUCACAUAAUUAAUUUACGAGGAUUUGCACAUACAGUUAUGAUGGAUACUUGGAUAUGUUCUUUGUCAAUGACCGGCGCAAUGCUUGUACUCCUCGCCGCUUCUCGUCUUCCGUAUCUCCGUAAUCUUCUUGGCCAAGACGUCACAAACAUUGGAUCACAUCUUCAAACAUCAAGCAAAAGGUGGGUUCAGAUACCAGGGGAGAAUAGAUCGCCCAGCAUUGAACAGAGUCUGAGGAUGAUGGGGGGAAUUGAUGUUUUUCUUCAUCAGGAGUUUGGAACGGAGAAAAAAGGUUAG